CUGCCCGGCUCUGCGCGCGCCUCCCUCGCCCGGGUCCCCUCCAGCCCCCUUUCUCCUGCCUCCUCUCCUCGCAGGUAGGAUCGUCUGUGGGACCCGAGCGCGGGCGGGCGUGGCCCCGGGACCAUGUCCGGGGUCGAACACGAGCCCUUCCUCAGCCAGGCGGAUGACACGGCCGACGGGCCGGUGCCCGGCACCCCGGGAUUACCGGGGUCCAUGGGGAACCCGAAGUCCGAGGAUCCCGAGGUCCCGGACCGGGAGGAGCUGCAGCGCAUCACGGGCUUGUCCGCGGGCCACUCGGCUCUCAUAGUGGCCGUGCUGUGCUACAUCAACCUCCUCAACUACAUGGACCGCUUCACGGUGGCUGGCGUCCUUCCAGACAUCGAGCAGUUCUUCGACAUCGGAGACAGUAGCUCGGGCCUCAUCCAGACCGUGUUCAUCUCCAGUUACAUGGUGUUGGCACCUGUGUUUGGCUACCUGGGUGACAGGUACAAUCGGAAGUAUCUCAUGUGCGGGGGCAUUGCCUUCUGGUCCCUGGUGACACUGGGGUCGUCCUUCAUCCCCAGAGAGCAAUUCUGGCUGCUCCUCCUGACUCGGGGCCUGGUGGGGGUCGGGGAGGCCAGUUACUCCACCAUCGCACCCACCCUCAUCGCUGACCUCUUCGUGGCAGACCAGCGGAGUCGGAUGCUCAGCGUGUUCUACUUUGCCAUCCCAGUGGGCAGUGGUCUGGGUUACAUUGCAGGCUCCAAAGUGAAGGAUGUGGCUGGGGACUGGCACUGGGCUCUGAGGGUGACACCAGGGCUAGGAGUGGUGGCUGUGCUGCUGCUGUUCCUGGUAGUACGGGAGCCACCAAGGGGAGCUGUGGAGCGCCACUCAGGCUCACCACCCCUGAACCCCACCUCAUGGUGGGCAGACCUAAGGGCUUUGGCAAGAAACCCUAGUUUCAUCCUGUCGUCCCUUGGCUUCACUGCUGUGGCCUUUGUCACGGGCUCCUUGGCUCUUUGGGCUCCUGCAUUCUUGCUGCGCUCCCGUGUGGUCUUGGGAGAGACCCCACCCUGUCUUCCUGGAGACUCUUGCUCUUCUUCUGACAGCCUCAUUUUUGGGCUCAUCACCUGCCUGACCGGGGUCCUGGGUGUGGGCCUGGGAGUGGAGAUCAGCCGCCGCCUCCGCCACGCCAACCCCCGGGCUGACCCUCUGGUUUGUGCUGCUGGCCUCCUGGGCUCUGCACCCUUCCUCUUCCUGUCUGUGGCUUGUGCCCGUGGUAGCAUCGUGGCCACUUAUGUUUUCAUCUUUAUUGGAGAGACACUGUUGUCCAUGAACUGGGCCAUUGUGGCUGAUAUUCUGCUGUAUGUGGUGAUCCCUACGAGGCGCUCCACUGCGGAGGCCUUCCAGAUUGUGCUGGCCCACCUGCUGGGUGAUGCUGGGAGCCCCUACCUCAUUGGCCUGAUCUCCGACCGCCUCCGCCGGAGCUGGCCCCCCUCCUUCUUGUCCGAGUUCCGGGCCCUGCAGUUCUCGCUCAUGCUCUGCGCCUUUGUCGGGGCCCUGGGUGGUGCCGCCUUCUUGGGUACCGCCAUCUUCAUUGAGGGUGACCGCCGGCGGGCCCAGCUGCAUGUGCAAGGUCUACUGCAUGAGGCAGGGCCCGAAGAUGACCGUAUCGUGGUGCCCCAGCGAGGCCGCUCCACCAGGGUCCCUGUGUCCAGUGUGCUCAUCUGAAGGGCUGUCACUCGCCUACCUGCAUACCUACCAUAACUCUCAGGCGCACCCCAGCAGGCACCUGGGCCCAAUCCCUUGGCCUGGCCCAGCUUCUAGGAGGAGCCUUGGGCCAUGUUCCAGCUCCCACACUACAUGGGCAGCCAAGGGCAGGCGGUGGGGGUCCAGGAGGGGAUCCCCCUCCACUGGAGCAGCCCCAGGGGCUCGGUGCUAUUUGUACUGAAUAAAAUUUGUAGCCAGACCCCAA